AUGGUGGAGGCCAAUUACUACGAUAGUCUUAAUGCUCGUUCCGGUCAUCACGCUCCUUCUUGCAAAGACUUUGUAAUUAGAAAAGAGUCUUCUUGUGCAGAAGAGUUCCGUCACGAUGAGGUCUGGUGGUGGUUGGCAUGUAGCAGUCAGGAUGCGAUUGGCGAUAGCGUGAAACGCCAACGUCAAUUGGAGAAUACAUUUCAUCCGUAA